AAACGAAAAAAUCCUUAUCCUCAAAGUCUCAAACCAUCAAGAAUUCGGUAGAAAUUACAAAUGUGCCAUUGAUUGUCACAAAAACGACGCUGAGCUCACUCUUUUCCUGCAGCUUUAUCCACUUCGAGCCACGACCAUGGCGUCUCCUUCGCUUCUGCAGUCUUCUGCUUCUUCGUUUCAUGGCCGUUUUUCAUCGUUAGCGGUUCCAUCCUCCGCUCGGGUGCUCCCUCCGCCGCUCAGAAACGUGGUGAAAGUCUCGGCGUCCGGAACUGUGCUGGUCGAGAAAUCUGAGGCGGAGAAAACCCAGCGGCUCAAAACCGCUUACCUAGAGAGAAUUAUUCCUGCGCUCAAAGAAGAGUUCAAGUACAUUAAUAUUCACCAGGUUCCAAAGGUUCAGAAGAUUGUAGUGAAUUGUGGUAUUGGAGAUGCAGCGCAGAACGACAAAGGCUUGGAGGCUGCAAUGAAAGAUAUAGCGCUUAUUACAGGGCAGAAACCUAUCAAGACACGAGCUAAAGCUUCCAUUGCCACUUUCAAGAUUAGGGAAGACCAACCGCUUGGGAUUGCUGUCACUCUCAGAGGAGAUGUAAUGUACUCGUUCCUGGAUCGUCUUAUCAAUUUAGCCCUUCCAAGAACUCGAGAUUUCCAAGGUGUGAGUCCCAGUAGCUUUGAUGGGAACGGAAACUACAGCAUUGGUGUCAAAGACCAAAGUGUAUUCCCUGAAAUCAGGUUUGAUGCGAUUGGAAAAACAAGAGGAAUGGAUGUAUGCAUUAGCACUACAGCUAAAACCGAUCAAGAAGGACAGAAACUAUUGGCUCUGAUGGGAAUGCCUUUCAGGGAAGGAGGCGGUGGUUCCAACACAGGUGCGAUAGUGCGGAAGAAGAAACUGAAGGCUCAUCAUUUUGAUGCUAAAGGAAAAGGAAAGGGAAAGAAAUGAAAAUAGCUGGCUAUUGAAGAAGACAUCAUCUUCAUCAAUUGGUUUGUUAUUGUAUGUAUUGUCUCCAUGUUUCAGAAAAACUCCUUUUGUAAUUUGCUUUUGUUGCAUGUUUUAUUCCUUUUGAUGAUAAAAAUAUUAUUUAAUUUGUUAUAAUAUCAGGAAAUUUGAUUACGUUCU